AUGGGGAAAACCCGACGCCCCAGGACGGCCUUCACUUCGCAACAACUUCUGGAGCUAGAGAGGCAGUUUAAAAUGAAUAAGUACCUGUCCCGUCCCAAACGGUUUGAGGUGGCCACCUCGCUUAUGCUCACAGAAACACAGGUAAAAAUCUGGUUCCAAAAUCGAAGAAUGAAAUGGAAGAGGAGCAAAAAAUCCAGCAGUGACCCCAAGCCACGCCCCGAAGAAUCAACCAAUCAAAAACUUCUCUCCAGUGAAGCCAACAAGCCCAACGACCACACUGACGCUUCAUUGGAUACUUCAGACGAACGUGAUGAAUGCGGAUUGGACGACAUAGGUAAUGAGAACAUUGACGUCACUGAACUUGAUUACGAGGAUGAGGAGGAUGAAAGUCCCAGCCAAGUCCGAGUGUGUCGAUCGCUGCCAGGUGGGGGUCAAGUUCAGGACGUUUUGCAGAAUUUACAUAUUCAUAAAAACAGCGAUAUUUUAAACAUGAUUGAACCAAUGCAUUAA